AUGUGUUUUCUCUACGACGGAGACGACAUCGUUCAACAACCGCUACGAUUUGAAUGGAUGACCGAAAAUCUCGUACACGAUUGGAGACGAUUCCUAAACAUGAGAAUGAGCACGGAUCAGAAGGAGCGGCCGUUCUUCUUCUACUUCUCAUUCCCACAAGUUCACAGCGCCCAGUUUGCAAACGCUGAUUUUCGUGGUUCAUCCGUUCGAGGUUAG